UUCUUUACCAGAAGCUAUUGAAAUUGAAGAGGAAGAAAAUAUCAAAAGUCAAAUUAAAAAUAUUUGGGAAAAAAUUUCUAGCAAUACUAAAGAAGAGAGACAAGAAGUAAACCCUGAAGCAAAUAAUUGGAAUCAUGAAUUUAAUAAGAGUGAAAGAGUUGCAAGUCAUGUAAAUAAAAUAUUAGUAAAACUAUUCACAAUUUACCAUAAAGGUAAAAUAGCAAUAAUCAAAAAUAAAAUGGUUGUUGCCAGACAUUCAGUGAUACUUGUUCAAAGGUUGAGUUGGUUCAUCGUUUAUAAAAGUGAGUCUAUUAACCCUUCUAGAUUAAAGCACAUGUCAAAGAAAGAAUGGGUUGAUCAAUUAAAAAAAUUGAAGAAAAAGAACUAA